UUUCUCACCAGCAUCAGCAACAAGUUUCCAUGGACUCCCAAGACUACGUCAAGCUUGGUUAUCACUACCUGAUUACUCACUUUUUGAAGUUCAUGCUCGUCCCUCUUGUAAUGGCGGUUUUGUUCACGAACGUCUCCUUAUUAACUCUAAACCAGCUCCAGUACAAUCUCGUCGGAGUCAUCUCCCUUAUCACAUUCGCCAUAUUCGGAUGCACAGUCUUCUUCAUGUCACGACCUAGAUCCGUUUACCUUGUCGAUUACUCCUGCUACUUACCACCGUCGGAUCAAAAAGUUAGUUACCAAAAAUUCAUGAAUAACUCUAGUUUGAUUCAAGAUUUCAGCGAAUCGUCGCUUGAGUUCCAACGAAAGAUCUUGGUUCGAUCCGGUCUCGGAGAAGAGACUUAUUUACCGGAGUCUAUUCACUGCACCCCGCCGCGUCCCACUAUGGCCGCUGCGCGUGAGGAAGCAGAGCAGGUAAUCUUCGGUGCACUCGAUAACCUCUUCGAGAAUACCAAAAUCAAUCCUAGAGAGAUUGGUGUUCUUGUUGUGAACUGUAGUUUGUUUAACCCUACGCCUUCUUUAUCCGCCAUGAUUGUUAACAAGUAUAAACUAAGAGGAAACGUCAAGAGCUUUAACCUUGGUGGAAUGGGAUGUAGUGCUGGUGUUAUCGCGAUUGAUCUCGCUAGUGACAUGUUACAGAUACAUAGGAACACUUUUGCUCUUGUGGUUAGUACUGAGAACAUUACUCAGAAUUGGUAUUUUGGUAACAAGAAAGCAAUGUUGAUCCCUAAUUGCUUGUUUAGAGUUGGUGGCUCUGCGGUUCUGCUUUCCAACAAGCCUUUGGAUCGAAAACGCUCCAAGUAUAAGCUUGUUCAUACGGUAAGGACUCAUAAAGGAUCUGAUGAGAAAGCAUUCAGUUGUGUGUACCAAGAACAAGACGAGUGUUUAAAAACCGGAGUUUCUUUAUCGAAAGAUCUUAUGGCUAUAGCCGGAGAAGCUUUGAAGACUAAUAUCACCACUUUGGGUCCUCUGGUUCUUCCUAUAAGCGAGCAGAUCCUCUUCUUUGCGACUUUUGUUGCUAAGAGACUGUUCAACGCCAAGAAACAGAAGCCUUACAUACCCGAUUUCAAGCUUGCCUUUGAUCAUUUCUGUAUUCACGCGGGAGGUAGAGCCGUGAUCGAUGAACUAGAGAAGAGUUUAAAGCUUUCGCCAAGACAUGUCGAGGCGUCUAGAAUGACACUGCACAGAUUUGGAAACACUUCCUCGAGCUCUAUAUGGUAUGAAUUGGCUUACACGGAAGCCAAAGGAAGAAUGAGGAAAGGGAACAGAGUUUGGCAGAUUGCUUUUGGAAGCGGGUUUAAAUGUAACAGCGCGGUUUGGGUGGCUCUCCGCGAUGUCGAGCCCUCGUUUAAAAAUCCUUGGGAACAUUGCAUCGAUAGAUAUCCGGUUAAGAUCGAUCUUUGAACUCGUAAGAACGGUAGAUUGGUCUGGAAACAUGGUUAGUCCUCCAUGUACCAAAAAAAAAAGGUUAACUCUUAUAUCUUUUGUUCUUUACCAAGGGGUCAAGAAAAUCAGUGGAAGGUUAAUGUAUGUUUGUAUAUGUUGUGUAUAAAGGUAACCCUUAAUUAAUGACCAAGAAUGGUUAUGAAGUCAA